AUGGCAAGAAAAGAAAUGGAACUUAGAAGACAAGAGCAUGAACGAGAAAAUCAUGAAAGAAUGAAAACACCAAGUGAAAAGAAAAGAAUAAAGAAAGAAAAAAACGAUAAAAUCAUUGAGAGUCAAGGAAUUUUUAUGGUAGGAUUUAAAUUUACAUCAAUUGAUGAAAAGAUGAUUAACAAAUGUCGUCACAAAAGCAAAGAACUUUUUAUGAAAGGAGUUAUCUUAUACACUGAUUACAAAGGAUUGAUUAUAGUUGAAGGAACACAAAAAUCAAUAAUUAAAUUUGAGAGAAUGAUUACUAAAGAAAAUCAAAAGAUUGGAGAAAAUAAGUUUAUUAAAUUAUGGGAAGGAAAACGUCAAAGAUUUUCAUUUAAUUCAUUAACAAGCGAAAGAUAUGUUGAAGAGAAAAGUGUGAUUGAAAUUUUACAAUUAAAACAAUUAGAAUUUCUAUGGAAAAUUAGUUGA